GGCAUCCCUUCUUUAAGCAUCACAAAUUGGGGGCACCCCAGCUAGAGGCCUUGGCCCCAGGCCGUUUUCCUUUCUCACCUGUCUCCUUAUUUCCGCACCUCCUUUGGGUCUUUUCCUGUGAUCAGCUUCUGCUUCCUGGAGCCCUGGCCCCCUGCCCGCCUCCUCACCUUCCUUAUGCUCUCCAAAGUUCUUCUGGUAGUGGGGCCCAGUGGGUUUCCCUUUAUUUUUCCCUUAUGUGGAUUUUUUGUUUGGAGCAUAGCCCGAACCCGCCAAGGCAGGGGUACUUUCUGUCUGCUCGUCAUCCUGUGCCUGGAGCAGUACCUGGCAUGCAGUAGGUGCUCAGUGAAUACUUGUCAAAUGCACCAGCAUGCCCGGGGGUGGGGGGGCCUGGAGCCGGUUGUCGGCUGCCACCAGCCUGUCCGGGCACGCUGCUGUGCCCGCCACUGUGGCAAGGCCUGUUCUCAUGGGGGCGCUGGUAACCUCAGCCCACGGCGCUUCCAGUUCAGGCUUCUUGCCUACCCAGCAGCUUCUAAUUCGGGUGCAUGCUUGGGAGACGCUCUCAGCUGUCAGCCCUGCCUCUGGGGGGCCGGCUCCCUGCUUCUCUCACACAGUCAUUAAAUGCAGCUGGAGGCAGGAACCCCCGUCCCACCUCUGGGCUGGAGGUGCCACAGGUGGGACAGGCGACCACUGCAGUGCCUUGUGCUGUGGUCCUUUGAGGAGCAAUGACGGAGUAUAAGCUCGUGGUGGUGGGCGCCGGAGGCGUGGGGAAGAGCGCCCUGACCAUCCAGCUCAUCCAGAACCACUUUGUGGAUGAGUACGACCCCACCAUAGAGGACUCCUACCGGAAGCAAGUGGUCAUUGAUGGGGAGACUUGCCUGCUGGACAUCCUGGACACGGCGGGCCAGGAGGAGUACAGCGCCAUGCGGGACCAGUACAUGCGCACCGGGGAGGGCUUCCUUUGUGUGUUUGCCAUCAACAACGCCAAGUCCUUCGAGGACAUCCACCAGUACAGGGAGCAGAUCAAACGGGUGAAGGACUCGGACGAUGUGCCCAUGGUGCUGGUGGGGAACAAGUGUGACCUGGCCGCGCGCACCGUGGAGUCUCGGCAGGCCCAGGACCUCGCCCGCAGCUACGGCAUCCCCUACAUCGAGACCUCGGCCAAGACGCGCCAGCCGCUCUGGCUCUGGCUCCAGCUCCGGGACCCUCUGGGACCCUCCGGGACCCCCGUGACCCAGCAGCCCCUCUCGCUGGCGUGGAGGAUGCCUUCUACACGCUGGUGCGCGAGAUCCGGCAGCACAAGGCGCGCAAGCUGAGCCCGCCUGACGAGGGUGGCCCGGGCUGCCUGAGCUGCAGGUGCCUGCUCUCCUGACAGCGGCGUGGGUGUGGGGUGUGGAGGUGCCGGAUGAGACGCGGGCUAAGGAUGCAGGGAAGGAAGGAAGUGCCGCCAGAGCCUGGCCCGCCCAGGUCGGUGGACAGAGUGACCGCAGGCCUCCCGGGACGCUUUGCACAGACUGUCAUGAACUGACACCGGCGGCCCCCAGUUGUCACUCUUCUCCAGCCCUGUCCUGGCCCGCUGGGCACAGGCUGAGUCGCAGUAAAUUAUUUCAUGUCUUGAC